AUGACCGAACCAUCCCCAAACCCUGCGCCAGAACACGACAUGGACGCUCCGCUGCUAAACGGCGAAGCCCAAAUGCAGCAGCAACUCGCAGACGUAGAAAUGGCAGAGUCUACAAGCGACCAACCGCCGCCAACACCCUCGCAAACAACAACAACAACGACGCCCUCAGCACCAGUGCCUAGCGCCCCAGCAGCACAUCCCGCCACGGCCCCUGCAUCGUCGCGCAACUCGCCGUACCCAACGGCACAGGCGCCCACGCAGCCGAUUCCGCACGGGAGCCCGACGCGGGUGUAUUUGAAUCAGCAUGUGACACCGUACUUGCUCGAGGCGAUGAAGCAUCUUGCGACGCAGGAGCCGGAGAAGCCGUUGAAGUGGUUGAGUGAGUUUUUGGCGCAGAAGAGUGCGGAGGUUGAGGGGGCUUGA